ACUUCCGGUUUGUGCCUUGUGACUUUUCUGCCUCCGAGGGGAUGGCCGCACUGUGGAGGGGGUAUCAGAAGCUGCUGGCGUUACAUCCAUGGAAAGUCCAGAUUAUAACAGCAGGGUCCCUUGUUGGGGUCGGUGAUGUCAUUUCCCAGCAGCUGUUGGAGAGGAGAGGUCUGAGAAACCACAACGUGGGCAGAACAGUUAGAAUGAUGGGAGUUGGAUUCUGUUUAGUGGGCCCCGUGAUCGGGGGAUGGUACAAGGUUUUAGAUCGUCUAGUUCCGGGGAGCAGUAAGUCAGUGGCACUGAAGAAAAUGCUUCUGGACCAGGGUGCGUUUGCUCCGUGCUUUCUUGGUUGUUUCCUUUCUGUUGUUUCUGCUCUGAACGGACUCUCCACAGAGGAAAUCUGGGGCAAAUUAAAGAGGGAUUAUAAGGACGCUCUGAUCACCAAUUAUUAUAUCUGGCCGGCGGUGCAGAUAGCCAACUUCUACUUUAUCCCGUUAUACCACCGGUUGGCUGUCGUACAGUGUGUGGCAAUUAUCUGGAACUCGUAUCUCUCUUGGAAAGCGAACAAGGCCUAGACCAGUGCGAAGCCUUCCGGAAAUAGAAGAAGAAGAAAUCCUUUGGUCCAUAACGUGUUGGUUGAAGCCCAGUCUUUCUGAUCUGGUCUCCUUCCGUGUGCAGAUUUCUACCUCAGUGACCCGGGAUUUGCCUGCGGCCGGGGCAGGAGUAGCGUCUUGUACUUUAUAUUCCGUCUGUUUUGCCCUCAAGGCUCUGCUGUGAUCACAAAACGCUGUGAAAUGUUUUUUUUAUUUCAGGCUCUGCCGUCCCGAAGCCUCCUGACUCGUAGCCCCCGUUACUGGGUCCACAAAUAAAAUGGCUUCUCCACCA